AUGCCUGACGUGAAGGCCCCGCCAUGUGAAUACUCCCCGGUAGGCUCCCCUGCUGCCUGCAGCAUGGACCUGGAGCGUUGCCUCAGCGACCUGCCUGCUCCUCUGUCCAUCCUCACCCCCCCACUCUCUUCUUUCUCUCACCACACCAUGCCCCCGUAUCCUGGACUGGACAAACCUCCAGCAUGCAAUAAUAACAACUCCUUACUCACCAACUUGGGACUCAGAUACUGCUCCACCAGUAGCGUGCAUCCGUCAGUCCACCAUGAUGUUCCACAGGAUGGUGGGUUAGGAUGUUUCCAGCAGGGCUGCAUGAGUACGGGCAGAAGUCGGCUCUAUCACAGCAUGGAGAAUCUACACUGGACCGCAGUGUCUGAUUCAGGAGUUUAUGCCCUCAAUGCCCCAUGCAGGAGCGUGGACAGCGAGUUUAUUCUGCACUGCACCUCCCGCAGUCACUGGUACGGUGGACCUGGUGAGGGUGCGCAGGCCUAUGGCAUGAUGCCUUCCCCUGAUGGAAUGGCCUUCUACCCCAGACGAGGAUUUGCCAGAAAGGACUUACCCCUCUUCCCUCAGUGGCUCUUUCCGGCCGUGGAGGAUCUUGGUCUGAACGGAAAUGCCCGGAGGGGGUUGAGGGAGAAGCUCCGUCUCCAGAGCACACGUGUAACAGAGCCUCACAAGCCCCUGCGGCCUCAGGCUCCUCUGAGCAAUACCCCUCCACCAGCAUGGUCAUGUGACAAGGAAAUGGCACCUCGCCUCUGCCCACCGAGCUCCCCCGGGCUUUCGACCGGUCAGAGAGCCUUGUACGCCCGUCAGAUCACCAGUCCAGAGGAGAUCAAGCAAGAGGUGCUCCGCAGGCUGCAGCUCCGUCGCCAGAGAAGUACUCCUAACCUGGCCUUAAACUCCAGUCAGGAGCACAGCAACGUCAGCAAAUCCCAGACCUCUGACCCUGUCCUGGGGAACUCAGCGCAGUCCACACCCGAGCAGAAAAGACCUCCUGUUGGUCGUCUCCACAUUCCUACUUUUGAGGAAUUUAAGAAGAUGAGACAAAGAGAAAACAGCCAGAGCCAAGGUUUAUCUGCAACUCCGUCUAGUAGUGGUGUGGAAAGCGAAUGCCAAAGCAAAGAUGAAAACAGCGAAGAGAAACCUCAGACUGGAAGCAAGGAAACAGAGGAUGGGGUUAGGACAGCCCCAGAGGACAGGCCAAACAAUGGCGCCUCCAGUGAAACAGCCCAUCCCAAAGAAGAUCCGGUAGAGGGGGUGGCUGAGCCCACGUCUACUGAAGAGGACACAGCUGGGGCCAUAUGCACAGGCCCUGUGCCCCGCUCCCCCCUGCACUCCUUGGCUGUCCCAGCACAAGAUGAGCAGAAGGAGGAACCAGUGGGCUCCGGGGCCACAGAUGCAACUGCCCUCCCUUUACUUUCCCUUGGGGAGAGCGGCGAGGGCCCUUCCAGCUGCUGCCCAGCCAUCCUUCUGGAUGGCACUGACCUCUCUAGCUACGGAGCCAAGAUCUCCAAAAUGAGGGAUGGCUUCCUGGGUUCGGCUCUGGACCUUAUCAAGAAAAGCUGCAGUGCAGAGAUCGCAGCCGAGGCCCCCGUCAGUCUGUCACGUGAGAAAGACGACGGCGCUGACAUCACAGCUCCCCAACCCGUCCGUCAAUCUGCAGGCGUUGCUAUGACAAUGCCGGCCUGCAGAGUGGAGGCUUCCAUUGAGCCCAAAGGACGAGGGAUAGAGGAACCAACAGAAUGCCUCUCUGGACCGGGCUGCAGGCGCUCCAGCUCUGAUGCAGCCUAUGAGCUGGCCGAGUCGGUGAGGGCUCAGCGUGAGUGCCGCCUGCGCCCCCACUACAGCGACCCCAUGCCUGCUGAUGCAGCCAAACGCAAGCAGCUAGAGAUGAAGAUUGCAGCGGCGGCACGGUUUCACAGCCAGCGUAGAGACAGGGACACAGCAUCAGCACCAGUCAGAGGUCACUCUGAGCCCAGACAGGAGGGGAGGGCAGGGGGUCUGGGCGUGACACGUGCUGCACAGCACCGCUGGAGCACCAUCAGCAGCCUUAGCGCUGACAGUGGCGUGGUGGGUCUUAGCGAUGAGCGUGACGACGAAGACGAGCCGCGACGUGCCCGCCGCGGCAGAGGGGCUGAGGUCGAGCGGGUGGACAGUGGUAUCGGCCAGGGUCUAGCUCGCGGCUGGAAGAGACCCUCCGCCUCCCUCAAGGCCUGGGAAGCCCAGAGACCCUGCCCUGACUGUGGCCAGAGGGAAGGUGGUCGUGAGCAGGCCAUGUGUGAGCGCUGCUCGAAGCUUCGCACUGAGCGUAAGGAAGCCAUCUUAGAGUUCCUCAACACCGAGUCUAGUUACGGUGAGGACCUGCGUAUCAUCAAGGAAGAGUUCUACUGCCCCAUGCAGAGCGCAGGGCUUCUCACUGCUGAACAGCUGACUGUGGUCUUCAGCAACGUGCAGGAACUCAUUGAUGUCAAUGAGAGAUUCACUGAACACCUACAAGACAGCAUUGACCAAGCCUUUGAUCAGGGUGAUGAGGACCUGCUAACAGUGUGCAUUGGAGAAAUCUUCCUGGAGUUUGUCAACAUGCUGCCGGCUUUCCAGACAUACUGUCUGCAACAGUCGACCUCUGUUAACACGCUCAAUGCUCUAGAGAAAGAGAAGGAGCUACUAAGGAUAUUCCUGGAUGUGUCUCAGAAUGACAACACGGCGCUUAGGCGCAUGAACCUUCGCUCCUUCCUAAUGGCCCCUCUGCAGCGCGUGACCAAGUACCCACUGCUUCUGAGUCGCAUCAGCAAGGCCACUCCCGAAUGCCACCCAGAUUACCCUCGUCUUCGUGAGGCCAAGAGCCGUGUGGAGUCACACCUUGAACACAUCAACAUGAAGACCAAACAGGAGGGCACAGCCACGUGGUCUUUGCGUUCCUUCCGCCGCGACAGUCGCAAGAACAGGGAGGUCAUCAACAUCGAGAUAAGGGAAAUGUCCAUGAAGACCGUUGGCUGGGCUCGUGAGAACACGCGCUUCAUCAUGGAAGGGCCAUUACAGUUCUCACAGCCAACAGAUGGCCAGUGGGUUAAAAAGGGCAGUAAAUCUCUCAAGUUCCAAAACGUGCAGAGCUUGCUCAUGAUACGUACACAGCGGAGCAGUGAAGGAGGUUCCCCGGCUGAUGGUGGUAUCAAAGGAGAACAGCAAGAUCCCUUGGAGAUGGUGCGAGAUGGUGUGCUUGUGCUCAUCAAGGACAAAAGUAGUGGUAAAUUCACUGUGCUACGGGAACCCAUACGCCUGUGCAACUGUGUUGUGUCAGCUGACCCAGACUGUGAUGACACCUUUGAGGUGUUGGACAUCCGACGGGAGGCGUUUGUUUUCCGUGCUUCAGACAAAUCGCGCACGCAGCAAUGGUUCCACCAAAUCAAGAGGUAUGCCUGUGAUCUGGGACCUUGGAGAAAGAGACGCAAUGCACUCCCCAACAUUAUGAUUAACACAACCCCAAGUAGAUCUUGA